UCAAGCUGAGCGCGACGGUGAACUGCAGCCAACGGCGUUGGUCCACUUGAGUUUCGCGAGAGAGGCUGGCUGAUUGCAGGCCGCAUGAGCAGGCGCCGCGGUGCCUUCUCGGCCUUCGAGAAGACUGCAAGUCAGGUAGAAGCUUCACGCCUGGAUGCUCCACAAGCUAGAAGCAUUAGGCGUUCGGAGAAGACUUUCAGCGUGGAAGAGGCAAAGGUGCUGCUGGAGUCCUUGAGGGCCGCCAGCACGAAGCCAGACUUUCAGAAGGCGCUGGCAAACCUCCGGGGGAGAGAAUGGGGCGCCUUUAAGAAGCGCGAGGCGGUGGCCCGGCUGCUUGCCGUGGCCUGGAAGGUUUCCUUGAAGGCCGCCGGGUUCUCCAUUGACCAGUGGGGAUUUCCAGCGAUGCUGGCGGCGGUGCGCGUGCACCAUGGGCAGCCAGGCAUCCGAACUCUUUCUGAAGAAAUUGAGAGGCAACUUCGGUUUCAGCCGGGGGACCUGUUUGGAUCCAAGGCUGGGGCCAUGAAGCAAACGGGGUCAGCUGCCGAAGCGGCUGCGGUGUCAGAGGUGGAAGUACAGGUCACUGUGACACAUCCCACAGACCGUGACUCCGUGGUAGUGACAGUGCCGCCCAGCUCGACCAUGAGGCGAGUGAAGGAAGCUUUGGCAGAGAAACUCGGAAGACCUGAGGUGACUCGGAAUGGACGGAUGGUCAUGGAAAGCCAGAGCGGCGACUUGCUGCCGGUGCCAGAGAGUCAGAGGCUGGGAGGAAAGCGCCAGAUCUUCAUGGUUGGCAUCUCCUUUUCACAAGCUCCCAGCCCAGUGGUGGUGCCGGCUGUUGCGCGCAUGGCGUUGGAGCGAGAGCCCGCAAAUGACUUGGCUGAGGGGAC